AUGUCAUCGUUUUAUAAUGCCAAAAGAUGGCAGGAGGGAAAGCAAGGCCCUCCACCAAUUUUCUUGUCGAUCGGUGUCCGCCAUCCUAACCAGAUUCAGCUGGACAUUGCAAUCAGGGAGCAGGAGACAUUGCAGAAGCUCUUUGACCUGGUAAACCAGGAGAUCGAGCGCUUCGAUGCGGGAAAUACUGUAAUCGCGGUUGCUCAGAUUCCCAAAGUGGAACAGGACCCGCACCUUCUGCCAUUCUGGCACAAUCGGGCUUGGAUGGCCCUGCAGAACCGCGUGAAGAGCUCCAUGUCUCGACUUGAGCCGCGAGGCUUGUCCAUGCUGGCGUAUGCUUUGGCCAGAAUCAAGGAUUGGGAGGAUCCGUCUAUGCUUCAAGCACUGCUAGACAAGUCUUUGGCAAGAAUCGAUGAUUUCGGUCCCACGGAUGCUGCUAAGCUCGCAUGGGUUUUGGCAAAGCUCCAGAUCCGCGAGCGUGGAGACCUUUGGAUAGCGCUAUCCAAAGAAGCGGCACGCAAGAUUUGCAACUCCGGCAGAUUCAUCGACAUCUCCAUGACGGCUUGGGCAUUUGCAAAAGCCGGUAUGGCAGAGCGAGUUCUUUUCGGCCAGUUGGCUUCGGCUGCAAUGGAUUGUAGUGACCUGCCGCCGCACACCAUUGCAAACUUGUGCUGGGCUUUCGCGAAGUCCAAGAACCACAAUCCGCCUCUUUUCGACAUGCUAGCAAAGCGUGCCAUUGAAUCCUACUCAUCGUUUGAUCGUCAAAGUGUGUCCAACUUGGUAUGGGCAUAUGCAACCCUCGAUGUUUGCCACGAAGAACUGUUUGCAGUCUUUGCGAACUACACCAUCGAGAGCGGCCUUUGGCGGCACUUCUCUCCACAGAUGGCUUCCAACAUGUUGUGGGCGUAUGGGAAGGUCGGCAUUGCCCACAUGCGUCUCUACGACACCUUCGCCGAGUUCAUCUCCAUAAACAUCGAUCUUUUUGACAACCAGAACAUCGCCAACUCUGCAUGGGCAUAUGCAACUACGCAGCUCCCCAGCAAAGAGGUGUUCGACACUCUGACGCGCAAAGCUUGUGGACGAUUGAGUACCUUUCGCCUGGAUGAGUUGUGCGGGCUUAUGUGGGCCUAUGUGAGAGCGAAGCCAGACACCGUUGCAGCCAGUAUGAUCUUUGAAGAGUCCGUAGAGUUGCUGCAACCUCGAGUGGCAACACUGGAUGCGCAAAGUGUAGCAAAUGUCAUCUGGAUCUUGGCUACUUGUCAGCAGCUUCGAGGGCAACCGGUUCCUGGCUCGCGAGGUCUGGUGGACAGUCUCAUGGUAGCUUUGUUGGACCUUCGUGUUCGGCUGGAUUCCGAGGGCGCUGCUCAAGUGGUUUGGUCACUGUGGCGCAUGGGCCGCUUCCAUGAUGCUUGGACGCUUUUCGUCCGCACGCUAAGCGACGGCCGCCAUCCGGAACACGGAAAGACUGGCUACACAAAAAAGCAUGCUGUUGAUGGACGGCAGCGUUACUAUCAGACGCUGCUCAUGGAGACCGAGCGCCGAGGAGAUGUGCAGAAACAGGUCUUUCUGUGGAAGCAGAUGGCAGCUGAUUUCUAUUCGCGAAAUCUGCGCACCGCGUGCCUGAACUGUGCUCUGAUGGCUUUCAUACGGGCUGAAGAUGCAGAUGGAGCACGCGAAAUGCUGCAGCAGAUGGUAAGGACGAAGCUGUUCAAUCAAGUCACCGCUUCCCUGGCCGCUCGCAUAGGGCACCAGAACUUGGAGGCUGGAGUUGAGCCUGCGGCGAUUGUGGAUAUCACAUUGCGGCGACGCCCUACAUGCCAAUCACGCUAUGAAGACUUCCACUACAAGGAAGCGAGUGUGCUGGAGACAGUGGUCAGGGAAGCGAGUGCUCGAGACGUGAAAAGCGUCCACGCUUGUAUCGAGAAUGUGGGACUGAAGGAGGUUUGGCUCAAGAUAGCUGGUGGGGAGAAGGCCUGCGUGAUUGAUAAUGUCAUUGCGAAGCAAAGGCCAAAGCUGAUCCUCGAAUUCGGUACCUAUGUGGGCUACACGUCCACACGAAUGGCGCUGCAAGUUGACACGUGGAAUGGCAAGGUGGUGACAAUGGAGAUGGAUCCGGUCAAUGCGACCAUUGCCCGGAACCACAUCGAGAUGGCCGGCCUCUCACAUGUUGUGACUGUCCAGCUUGGCCACUCUGACGAUGCCGUGCAAUUAGUCCUCGAGAAGUAUGGCGAGCGCAGUGUUGACAUGGUCUUCAUGGAUCAGCGCGGGACAGCUUUCCACGACGAUUUGCGGAACUUGGAAGAAAUCAACAUUCUGGCAGACAAUGCGGUUGUCGUCGCCGACAAUGUGUUGAAACCUGGAGCUCCAUAUCACGUGUGGAGAAUCUCUACAUUGCCACACUAUGCCACCGAUAUAAUCGAUUUGCGUGAAUUCGGCUCGGCACCUGUAGAGGACUGGAUGACUGUUUCAUGGGUCUCGCGCGGAAACAGCUAUGGAAAGCUCCCCGUCGACGUGCGUGAACUGAAUGAGCUGGCCCGAGAAUCUGACAGGUUCAGGUUGAAAGCCAUGGCAACAUCCAUGAAAGAUCUGGUUGGCGAUCCUCUCGACGAGUUUGCCAAGAAGUUCACGGAAGAGUUCGUGAAGCUCGGUAUCAGGACCAGCAUGUACGUGCGCACAGACAUCAUUGAUGGGUGCGCAGUGUCCAAACUGGUGCAGUUGGGGCCCGGUGAGACUCCUCCGUCGUGGGGUGGAGAGGAUCCCCGUGAUGAGAUUCAAGGUGGACAGUGGAAGGGCGUACUCGGCGGAGUGCACUUCCGCGGAGAACGGCUGCAGAACGCCGAAAGACUUGGCUACCCUGGUACAGUUGGCGACGUGCACGGCUACAAAGGUGAAUGGCCCCGCAUACCUCCAGGAGGUUAG